AUGAGAUCAAACAACAAUAACAGAAGAGACAACAACAAGCCAGAUGGCCCAAAGAGAGAAGCGAUCUUGGACUUGUCCAAGUACCAGGAUAAGCAGAUCAGGGUCAAGUUUAUCGGUGGCCGUCAAGUCAUUGGUACCUUGAAGGGAUUCGAUCAAUUGAUGAACUUGGUUUUGGAUGACGUCAAGGAAAACUUGGCCGAUCCAGCUGACGACUCCAAGUUAUUGGGAAAAGCCAGAAGCUUGGGCAUGGUUGUUGUUAGAGGUCCAUCGUUGUUGACUGUCUCCCCAUUGGACGGCAGUGAAAUCAUCGACAACCCAUUCGCCGCCGAGGAAUAA